AUGAAUGGCAGGCCGUACCACGAUGAUUACGCCUCACAACCCCAAGAGCUCGAACCAUGGGAACAUGAUUCACAAUAUUCCCCCCCUACCCCGGGAUACUUCCGAAGCCCUUCUACACAGUCAAACUGUAGUUCCUCCCCAUCUAUCAUACUCGACGAUGAGCCCAACCCCGCAAGCCAAACUCGACCUCACAAUGUACCUCUGCUCCAGGAAUCUGAAUGGGAGAAAGACAAGAUAUACGACGAGGAUCCGGCAAGCUGUAUCCACUAUUCCAUAGAAUGGCGAGUCACUCUCAAUAACAAGGCCGUGGCAAAGGACACGGAAGAAGAUCUGGUAUUGGCCCCAAGCGCCUACUGGCGGUUGUUUCUAGAAGAAAAGCUAUAA